AUACUUGUUUUUCAAUCAUUAGAUUGCCAAAUUUUGAGAUAUCUUAAACCAGUUUCGGACGGUCCCCACCAAUAAAGCGAAUUAUAUAUAAAGGGGAUGCAUUUUGCAAGUAUAUUGAAGUAUCCAACAUGUUGCUUAAAGUAAUCUAUUUGGUCCUGAUCGUCGCCACUGCAAAUGCAGAGAAGAAGCUGCGUGAGUUAUAAAAAAUAUAAUUUUCAAUAUUGUCUGAUUUUCUCGAUCUUUCAGCUGAUUUCGUGAAGAUCUGCAAAUGGGAUCCGGUUACUUUAAACGAAUGUUUCAAAGAUUCCUUCAAUGAUAUCGUAUCGCGUUUAGGAAAUGGUAUCCCAGAGAUGAAGUUGAGGGCUAUAGAUCCGGUGGUAAUUGAUAAAUUAAAUAUCAAUUAUGGAAAUGGAACAUCUCUAAAUUUGGACGCUCAGUUGACAAAUGUUAAAGUGUAUGGGGUAAUCAACGCAAAAGUAACUAAAGUCUUAAUCGACACCGACAAAAAGGACGUGGAAUUACAUAUCUUUCUGCCUGACUUAUAUUUCCAUGCCGAUUACAAAGGAACAGGACAAGUUUUGUUAAUUAAACUGGAUAGUAAUGGAAUAAUGACAACUAACUUGACUGACGUUAAUGUGGUCGCCAAACUUGAUUCGGAAGUCAUCGAAAACAAUGGAAAAGAAUACUUGAAAACAGAAAUAACCGAGUUAACAGUGGAUAUUAAAACUUUAAACUUUAAUUUAAGUAAUUUGUUCAAAGAUCAGGCGCUCACUGAUAACACAAACAAAGUUAUCAAUGAAAACAUUCACGAUCUUUAUAACGAACUGAGGCCGAUCAUUGUUGAUGCAAUCAAAGCGAUCGUCAGAAAUCCAGUAAAGAACAUAAUGGAUGGUUAUCCAUUCGACGUUCUUUUUCCAAAAUAAGAAAUGAUAUUUGUUAUAUUCGAUCGUUUAAAAUAUAGUUUUUGCAUUAUACACUUGUAUCCGUUUAUUGUUAUUAACCUUGGCUUAAUCUUUAGUAUAUGUUUGUUUGCGUAAUUACACGCAAAGCUGCAAACUCGAAAAGAAAAGAAGCAACAAAAUAGUAAAUAUAAUUGAAUAAUAAACUAAUUACAUUUGAAAUUUGAAUCGCGAUCGUGAACAUCCUUGAUAUUUGAAUAAGGAAGUUUAGUGAUUUAAAAAAAAUAUAUAUUUCCUCAAGUACUAUCAACUUUUUCUUUCUUUCUCUCAAUUCUAUUACGUAGUUCAUAAAUACACAUCGAACGAAGUAAAUGAACUUGUUUACUUAACACUGGAAUUUAAUUCUGUUGUUUUUGUACAAUUCUUUAACGUUUUUCACUUUGGUAAAAAAAAAAGGAGCAUAUUCAUAGAAAGUGGACGUUUGCUUCAGUUGACUAAACUCAUUGGCAAAUGCGUUCUUUUGAUACUUUAAAAACCGUAAUAAGCUUCUAACUUUUUUUCUAAUUGCUUUUUCAUAUCCGAGAGGAAUUGAUUCAAAACGUAUAUUCUUUGUUCUUCGUGUGGUACGAAUUUGUACAAAUAUAAUUCACACUGAGAAAUGCGUAAUUGCUUAUAAAAUUUAUAUAUACGUAUUUCGUAGAUGUUAUGUUCAGAUAUAUAAUUAUUUAAAGAAAA